GGGAGAGGCCGGAAGGGACCACCAGGACCCUCACGCCCCUGGGGAGCUGCAACGCGCCCCUUCAGCCCGCCCCUGCCUGAUGCCUGCAGGCUGCUUGGAGGAGACGCCGUGGUGAAGCUGGAGCUCAACGAUUACCUAGACAUCUUCUGCCCGCACUAUGAGGGGCCAGGGCCCCCUGACGGCCCCGAGACGUUCGCUUUGUACAUGGUGGAGCGGCCAGGCUAUGAGGCCUGCCAGGCCCAGGGGCCAGGAGCCUUCAAGCGCUGGGAGUGCGCCCUCCCCUUCGCUCCCUUUGGCCCGGUUCGAUUCUCUGAGAAGAUUCAGCGCUUCACACCCUUCUCCCUUGGCUUUGAGUUCUUGCCUGGAGAGACCUACUACUACAUCUCGGUACCAACUCCCGAGAGUUCUGGCAAGUGCUUGAGGCUCCAGGUGUCUGUCUGCUGCAAGGAGAGCAAGUCGGAGUCAGCCCAUCCUGUUGGAAGCCCAGGAGAGAGCGGCACAUCAGGGUGGCGAGGGGGAGGUGCUCUCAGCCCCCUCUGUCUCUUGCUGCUGUUUCUGCUGCCAAUUCUGCGCCUCCUGCGAGUUCUCUGAGCCAAGCAGACCCCUCCUGCUACGCCCAGGAGCCAGAGCCCUCCCGAGACUCCCUGGAGGAGGGGCCCCUGCCUCUCGAGCUGGGAGCAGUCAAGCCAGCCAGACCAACGGAAGAGUGACGGGGAGGUCAGAGGGUCUGAGGUGACCCUUCCAGGGGCUGGCCCCUCAUCACAGGCCGAAGGGGAGCUGCAUACAGCCCUGGGCACCCUGGAGCCCAGGCA